CACGUUUUUCAGUAAAUAAAUACAUAAUAAGCGUCAUAACGCCACGCCGAUACAUAAAAUCCAAAACCCCGUUACUCUUUCUCUGAGUUUCUCUAUUGAUCUCUCCCCGUCACUUUCUUUCUCUUCCCAUACCGUAUGAUCCCGAACCUCUGCAACAUCGGUUUCCUUCCUCCACCUGCCAACCUCUCUCUCUCUCUCUUCUCAUUUCCCACAUUUACAAACAAGAAAACGGCACUCCCUGAUCACCUCUCCUUCCACAGCAAAUUCCUCAUCUCUUUUCUCAUUUUUUGGGGAAGUGAAGAAAACAGAGGGCAGCGAUGGGCGAUUUCGAAUCUCUAUCGGAAGCUACCUCUGGAGCAAUAGGAUCGCUGCUCAGCACCACGAUUUUGUAUCCGCUCGAUACCUGUAAGACCAAGUAUCAGGCCGAGGUUCGCGCCCAUGGCCAGCGCCGAUACAGGCAUCUAUCAGAUGUUCUAUGGGAAGCAAUAUCAAAUGGACAAUUCCUGUCACUAUACCAAGGUUUAGGAACAAAGAAUCUCCAGUCCUUUAUCUCGCAGUUCGUUUACUUCUAUGGAUACAGCUACUUCAAGAGACUGUACCUUGAAAAGAGCGGUUCUAAGAAGAUCGGAACUAAGGCGAACUUGCUUGUUGCUGCUGCUGCAGGAGCAUGCACUGCGAUUGCCACACAGCCAUUAGACACUGCCUCCUCGAGGAUGCAGACCAGUGCAUUUGGCAAGUCCAAAGGGCUUUGGGACACACUGACCGAAGGUGACUGGAGUAAUGCAUUUGAUGGCCUCGGUAUCUCUCUCUUGCUGACGUCGAACCCUGCAAUUCAGUAUACAGUGUUUGAUCAGCUCAAACUGAAGCUUCUGAAGGGGAAUCAAGCUAGUCUUUCUGCAUUCACAGCAUUUCUCUUGGGUGCAUUGUCGAAGAGCAUUGCUACCUGUUUAACUUAUCCAGCAAUCAGAUGCAAGGUGAUGAUUCAAUCUGCAGAGGCCGACGAGAACAAUCACGAUGAUGAUGAUGAUGCCGAGAAGAAGAAGAAAGCCAAGCGGAAGGCAAGCAAGACACUGUCAGGAGUCGUGUUUGCCAUAUGGCGGAAGGAAGGAGUGACAGGGUUCUUCAAAGGACUGCACGCUCAGAUCUUGAAGACGGUGCUGAGCUCGGCUUUGCUUCUGAUGAUCAAGGAGAAGAUCGCUGCCACAACUUGGGUUGUUCUACUUGCAAUCAGAAGGUCACUCUUGGCUCAGAAUGGUAGGCUAAAAAGUGCUUGAGGAAGAGCAAAUUAUGCCAUGUAGUUGAGGGGGGGCUUUGAUGGUUUGUACAUAUUCAAUAGCUCUAUGAGAAAGGCAGAAGCAAUCCGAGUAUAGUUUUCCAGGUUCAGUAUCCACGAACACACACAUAGCUGGAGGAAUAAUUUGACGAGAGCAACGUACAAUUUCUGAAACUGACGCUGAUUGUUGGAACUUUAGGACAUUUUCAUUGUUCUUGGUAUUAAUUGUUUAAUCUUGUUCGAACC